CAACAACAACACUUUGUGAAAAAUUAUGGAGUUUAUCUUUUGACAGCUGCACCGCCGCACUGCUGCCAGACUGACAAACACCAGUGACCAGGAGGAGGACAGACCAGCCCUGCAUCCGUACAUCCUGACUGACUCUGCCUCCAUUUGUGUGUCUGAAUGUCCACGAUGGCUUGGAGGGGGCUUGACUGGUGGAUCCCCUGCUGACACCUCCGAUCCCCAGAUAUCCGCCCUGACUCCCCCCUUUCCUGAAGACUUUAAUGUAACCUUGUGCUGUGGAGAACCUUUCACCUCUAAGCUCUCAUCAUGGCUAGCCUGGUGCUCAACGAGACCGGAAUGGAGGACUGUGGCAUCGACGACUCCUUCAAGUACAACUUGUACUCGGUGGUCUACAGUGUGGUCUUUGUCUUAGGCCUGAUCACCAACUGUGCUGCGCUCUUCGUUUUCUGCUUUCGGAUGAAGAUGAGCAACGAGACCACAAUGUUUAUGACUAAUUUAGCGUUAUCUGAUUUAGUAUUUGUUUUUACGCUGCCAUUCAAGGUCUUCUACAAUGUUAACCGCCACUGGCCAUUUGGAGAUGGACUGUGUAAGGUAUCAGGAACAGCCUUCAUCACCAACAUCUAUGGCAGCAUGCUCUUCCUCACCUGUAUUAGCGUAGACCGCUUCCUGGCAAUAGUCUACCCUUUCCGCUCCCGCUCUAUUCGCACACGUAGGAACGCGGCGCUGGUGUGUGCCGCCGUGUGGCUGACCAUUGUGGGGGGAGGGAUAUCAGUGACCUUUUUCUCCACCAUCAACAGCACAAACAGAGCCACAACCUGCUUCGAGGGGUUCUCCAAGAGUACCUGGAGGACGUACCUUUCCAAAAUCACCAUCUUCAUCGAGAUUGUGGGAUUCCUCCUCCCCCUCCUGGCCAACUUGGUAUGUUCCUCGCUGGUUCUACGAACACUGCGUCGCCCAGUUACUGUUGGUCAUGGCUGUGACAGCAAGAGACGUGUCCUAAGGAUGAUUCUGGUCCAUCUUGGCAUCUUCAUCAUCUGUUUUGUCCCUUAUAACUCUAUCCUCUUCCUGUAUGCCCUGGUGCGGACCCAGGCCCUGGCUAACUGCACUGUGGAGCGCUUUGCCCGAACUCUUUACCCCAUCACUCUCUGUCUGGCCUGUCUCAACUGCUGCCUGGACCCUGUGGUCUACUACUUCACCUCAGAGAGCUUCCAGAAAAGCUUGACCAUGGGGGGCAAAGGGACAAGCUCCCGGCCUGAGAGUAUCCCUCGCAGUGACACAGAGACCCAGGACGCAGCAAACACUCUUCCCAGAGACACAGACACUCUGGCCAGCAAUGGAAAAGAGACUAAGAUGUCUGAGAGUGAGUUCUGAACCAAUAAGGAAGACAGAAUGUAAAGAAGGGCAGGGUGGAUUUGAAAGACAGGAGCCCUGAAUUUGCAAAAUAAAUAAAUCAGCUGCUUGGUCCUGAAAGUGACAAACGCAUAACUCAGCAGAUUAGUUAAAUCCUGAGGUAAAUCCUGAGGUAUGGCCCAGGCUUUACGGAUUAAUCCACCACUGGAGAGAAGAGGAAUGUAUCUGUUUAUUAUAAGCAAACACUACAGGGACCAGAGACCUAGCCACACCAGGACAAUUGUGAAAGUCCAGGGACAUGCAGAGCCUCUAAAAGAGACUCAAACACAUGAUUACUCAGGUGUAACACACACGAACACUUACACAUGCACUGGAUCGUGGACAAGAUGGAGAUUUCCUUCCACAUUGUUGACAUAUGCUGUUAAGUACUUUUGUAACACACUGAGCCCUUAAGUUUUAUUGUUAUUGAGUUCAAGCUUUCACAAUGCAGUAUAUCAUUUUAGGACAUUAAUGUUAUGACACUCUUUAGUGGUGAAACCCUUUGUUAUUAUAACACAGCAGCGCGCUGACCUGCUGAGUUAAACGUGUCUCAUGUUGAA